ACUGUACCAGGCAAAGAUUUUCACCAGCAUUCUCUUGCUUAGCCAAGGCUGAGAUAACAGACACAGUAAAGCACUUGGUGGAAUAAAUCUACUCUCCUGCGAUUCCAUCGGCGUGUUCACCUUCUACCUUGUUUUUCCUUUGGUUAAUAAGGUAUUGCCUGAGCUUAAGGUUGAAGUUUGAUUUGACUUUUUUUAAAGGCACUCGAGCCUAAGUGAAGCCAGCUCUUUUUUUUCUUUUUCUUCUUGCAUUGAAAAUGACCAGCACGACGGCAAAACAAGAAGAGCUGCAGAUGCUCCAGGGGUGGAGACUAGCCGCGCAGAGCCGACUUGGGGACCCUGACUGCCGGUGGCAGCUGCGGAUGAAGUUUCUAGAGCAGGCCAAGUGCUACAUCGGAGUGCCUUAUGCUAGGAAGUAUCACGAGCCUGGCACUCCAGAGUACAAUUCCCCUCUCUUCCUGGAUUGCUGUGGACUGAUUCGGCGAGUAGUGCGCGACUUAAGCACAGAAUUCGGCUUUCUUAUCGGCCCUGGAAACCAGGCGUAUCAGUACGACACGCUCCCCAUCACUUUGCCCAGCAAGGAGCACAUGAAGCCAGGAGACCUCGUCUUUAUUUCAGGAACAUACUUCAACACAGAACGAAAACGGCAGCUCCAUGACAUUGUCCAUGUGGAGAUCUGGCUAGGGGAUGGUGAGCGCAGCCUUGGAGCCAGGUGGAACAAGGGCAGACUGCAGAUCUUUGAUUCCUACAAGUUUGUUUCUACCUCCUAUGGAGACAUGGAAUAUCACUUCAAGUCCAUUGAGACAUGGCUCCAAGGCACUUGUGUCAGCCAUUGCACAGAACAUAAAUGGGCCUCGGCUAGCGUGCUUCCCGGAAAGAAGUCUGUCUUUUGUCCUGAGGCUGAACGACAGCAACCUGCUGAGGAAGAUGUAGAUGUCCCAGAAAUGGCAAGCAAGACUGAACCGAAAAACGAAGGGAGAGUUUGCAGAUCACAAAACGUAGUUCCAGAUGGGCCGAGCAGCCAGAGCCCAGGCGAGAGCGCUCAGAUGGAUUUACGUGGCAUCGCAAGACCUACAUCUACUGUCCCCAGGGAGGAUGAAGUAGAGAAGGGGGGUGAUGCAGAGGCAGGUGGCAAAAGCCAAGGACAGCUACUAGCCAGCACAUCACUGGAGACCAGCCUUAGUAACUUGGACUUGGAAAGUGAGAGCUGUAUCCCUCCAGAUAGAAAUCUGGAUCAAAGUAAAGGUCCUGAUGAACGUAAAAAACCAAGGACAACAGAAGUCGUUGAGUUCAAAGCCAGCAGAGUGCUUGAUGGCAAAGUGAAAAACAUAGGUCUCCAGCCUUCCCUGACCACUCACAAAUCUGGCAAAAAUUCCCCUUCCAGUUCCAAAAUGAACUUGAAGGUGGCCUUAGCACCUAUCAAAAGGAAAAAGAAAACCAAAGCCAUGACAUACGGAGAAGAUCAGCAGCUGGUUGGAUCUUCAACAGCUGACACAGUUGCUUCCAAUACAUCUGAAGUGAGGCUGGUGGAUGAAGCCAAGUGUAAAGGGAAUAAAGGAAAUGAGAAGACAGCCACUGAAGCAGAUGAGCCAGAAGAGAGGAAGCCAGAGCCUCAGAGACCGGGGCCAUUCUUUUACAUUGGUGGUGCUAAUGGAGCAGGGUUGGUGAGCAUCUACUGCAGGAGCAAGGGCUGGCAGCGUAUCUAUGACAACAAGAGGGAGGAUUACAAACUGAAGUGGUGCGAGACCAAGUGUCGGGAGACCUAUUACAACUUCAGAGAAGGUGAACAGCUUCUCUACCAGAUCCCCAACAAUAAAGUCCUUACUACCAAAAUUGGCCUUCUGUGCAGCCUGCGGGAGUAUGAGCGGGUGAUGAGCAAAAUCAGCAAGACCUUGAACACCAAGAUCCUGAAGAUGGAAGAUUUUUUUCCAGAAUCCUAUCGGCUGGACAUAAAGGAUGAGAGAGAAGCCUUCUUUGAAGCCUACAAAGACAAACAGAUCUGGAUCUGCAAGCCAGCGUGCUCCAACCAAGGUCGAGGCAUCUUCCUGCUUAUGAACCAAGAGAGCAUUGACUCACUUCAGGCCAAGCUGCAGGGCUUUGAGGAGGAUCCCACCUACAAGAAAGUGCCGUACAAGGCUCCCCAGGCAAGAAUAGUGCAAAGGUAUAUCCACAAGCCUCUGCUACUUGAAGGGAAGAAGUUUGAUGUCCGUUCCUAUCUCCUCAUUGCCUGCACGAUGCCUUAUGUGCUGUUUUUCGGGCAUGGCUAUGUCCGGCUCACCUGCGCCAACUAUGAUGCUGCUUCUGAUGAUCUCACCGCUCAUCUGACCAACCAGUACAUGCAGAAGAAGAACCCCCUGUACAGCCAGCUGAAGGAGGAGACGGUGUGGCGGAUGGAGCGCUUUAACAGCUACAUUAAUGAGAAGUUCAAGCAGACCAAAGGCCUCCCCAAAGACUGGGUCCUCACUGUGUUCACUAAGAAGAUGCAGCAGAUCAUGAUGCAGUGCUUCCUGGCUGUCAAGGCCAAGCUGGAAUGCAAACUGGGCUACUUUGAUCUCAUCGGCUGCGAUUUCUUGAUAGAUGAGAACUUUAAGGUCUGGCUCCUGGAAAUGAAUGCAAACCCUGCUUUGCACACCAACUGCGAAGUCCUGAAGCACAUCAUCCCCACCGUGGUUAACGAGACUCUCGAUUUGGCUCUUGAGAUUUUCAAGAAGUGCUUGAAAUGCCAGAGGAUAUUACCGCUGGAGACACUCUGCCAUUUUGUGCUGCUCUACAAUGGGGAUGCUUCUGAACCUGGAUCCAGAUCCUUAAAGACGAAAAAUGCCAUGCGUCCCACAAAAAGCCAGAAGUCAUUUGCAGAGAGUACCAGCCCGCCCACUCAGACCCCUACCAGGGCAACCGAGAAACCUCCCAAGAAUCCCACUUCCCCGUCUACCAAGUUUUCCCAAAGAACAGUCUUAAGCAUGCCACAAGUGCAGCUCUCCAGCACGCACAGCCUGUAUUGCUACCGCCCAGAGAAAUCCACCUUCCGACCUGGCCAGGUGAGCAAUACCUGCCAUAAAUACGUUAUCAAGCCUGCGGGGGUCUCAGAGAGCCUUGUAAAACCCAGUGUGGAUGAUGGUUUUGACAAGGACAAAGCCAGCACCAUCGUUCCUACAGUGGCUGCUUCAAAAGAUACCUCUUAUAGCGCCUGGUUACAGCAAACCUUCAAGAUUCAACCUUACACUGCCAUCAAAGAGGACCUGAGCACUGUCACCUUGACCAGCUCCCAGAUGGUAUCUCUGCAUCUCCAGUCCAUGGUCCCCAACAGCUCCCCAUGUCUGAAAUGCUACAGCAAGCCCCUCCAUCAAGCCACCACCCACUCUGUAGCCCAGGGGACACCGCUGACCCAUGAGAGCAUGGCAGCUGCUGCGCCCCAGUGCUCCGAGUCACCUCAGGAUGACAAGAAGGUGUCCCAUCGCGCGUCUUAGCCUGAGAUUACUGUGUAUUGAACAUGUGGUGCUUUCCUAUAAAGGACAGAGCCCUGCUCCAAAACAUUUGCUAUCUGUGACAUAUCUAAGCAUUUUAUGGAAUCGUUUGCUGAUUUUUAAAUGCUCAUUUUUUUUACCUUAAAAAAACAAAAAGGAGAGAUCGUUAUGCAACACAUUGGUAAGUGACCUGCCAUGUAACGCUUACUCCCCCAGUCACUCGGAUUCCUCCUCCCCUCCUUCCCAGAGCCACAAAUUAAGGAAGAAAUACCACUGUGCUUUGGUUGCUGAAACAGUAAUAGUAUGCUAUAAAUCCCUGGAACGAGACUGAAAGCCCCAACUCUGAUGUCCUCUUCUAGAGCAUAUAUUUUAAUGUUGGGAGAAGCCGAAUCAGCAAUACUCUUGUAUCGCAUUGUGUGUCCUGUAUCAUUAUAUUUGCAACA